CUGUUAUGUCACAUCAGAUCCGCUGCUGGUGACCAAUCCUCCACGUUGAUAGGAUCUCGAGACACGGUAAACACUUGACUUCAACUCCGACCGUGCCAGCUCCUGCGUUCGCCUCUCUGAGGGUCUUUUUUUAAAGUAUCCGGCCUUGAGUUUGGUGAUAUUUAUUAGCUCAGAGACUCAUUUAACAUAUUUCGUCGUCGUCUGAGGAGAUGUCAGAUUUCGACAGCAACCCGUUCGCGGACCCGGAGUUCACCAAAUCUUUUCAGGAUCCAUCAGUAACACAAGUGAGACCGGCGGCUCCCCCAGGGUUAGAGGAGUACAAUCCCUUCACAGACGCCAAACCAACGCCUGCAGGUAUGGCACCCAAAACUGCAGGCCCCACCAUGAACACACAGCCUGCCAUCAUGAAACCCACAGAGGAGCCUCCAGCCUACUCACAGCCUCAGGCACAGGAGCAGUCGCGAGCAGCCGCUGAGCUGCUGAGGAGACAAGAGGAGCUGGAGAGGAAGGCUGCAGAGCUGGACCGCCGGGAGAGAGAGAUGCAGUCAUUCACUGCUUCGGGAGGCAGGAAAAACAACUGGCCUCCCCUCCCAGAGAAGUUCCCCGUGGGUCCUUGUUUCUACCACGAUAUUACUGUGGAUAUUCCCGUAGAGUUUCAGAAGACCGUUAAAAUCAUGUACUACCUCUGGAUGUUUCAUACUGGCACGCUGCUGGCUAACAUGAUCGGCUGUCUCUCCUGGUUCAUUGUGGAUGGAAGUCGUGGGGUGGACUUUGGCCUAUCCAUCCUCUGGUUUAUACUCUUCACACCGUGUUCUUUCGUAUGCUGGUACAGGCCACUUUAUGGAGCAUUCAGGAGCGACAGCUCAUUCCGGUUCUUUGUUUUCUUCUUCGUGUACAUCUGCCAGGUUGGGGUCUAUGUUCUCCAGUCUGUUGGCAUCCCUAGUUGGGGCGCCAGCGGGUGGAUCUCAGCUUUGACUGGCCUGAAUAGGAACAUCCCAGUGGGCAUAAUAAUGAUCCUCAUUGCUGCUCUCUUUACCUCACUGGCUGUCAUGUCCCUUUUCAUGUUCAAAAAGGUCCAUGGAAUGUACCGCACCACCGGCGCCAGCUUUGAGAAGGCCCAGCAAGAGUUCGCCACAGGCGUCAUGUCCAACAAGACGGUCCAGACGGCUGCUGCUAACGCUGCCUCCAGGGCUGCACAGGAAACCCUCAGGGAGCAGAUCUGAGUGGCAUCUCUCCGUCCAGCCCUCACCUCCCCUCUGCAUCCAUCUUCCACUUCCAGCAGCCCUGUUUGAACACAUGGACUGUGGUUUAUGUGAGGGCGCUACAGCUGACCGUCCAGCCAGCUGUGAUCCGUAACGUCAGUCUGAGUGGGAAAACGACCACUGAGAACAUUCAAACAGGCUCUUCUGUCUUACUCUACCUGCCCCCAACAACAUGGUGCACUCUGGGACUCCUCACCUCUGCUGCACUCGUACCACUCAACCAGCGUGCUCCGCUUCAUUUUUUUCUGUGUGGGUUUGUGUGCAUGUGUAAAUGAAUGUUUGUGUGCCUUUUUUAAACGUCGUCGCUGCCUCGAGGCCUGUCUGUCCUCUGUAGACAGAUUCUAAUGUAGCUGUACCGACUCUCUGAAGUUACCUGGGCAUUUCUCUUCAUAAACCAGCUCAGAAAUCCUCUGCGCCCCCACAACGCUGGCUUCUGCUGGUUUUUGAGUCAUCAGUCUAAUCACCGCUUUCUAUUUUUAACUUAAUUUAUUAUUGGAAGCCAUCUGGUACCUUGAGGUAAUGGUAGCAGCAUUCUUUGAUCCGUUUUGCUGUUUUCAGUGCAUAACUUAACACUGCUGACCCCUGGUGGAGUGACUUUGUAUUGCUGAAGAUGAAUGCUGUGCAUUCCAGUUCACUGCUUUGCCUUCUACUUUUUGCUUUCCUCAGAAUUAGGUUUUAGAAAGUGUGCAGUCUUAACUUCCUUAAAGUGAUGCUUCACCUCAAAUCUUAUCUGUUCAAGUAUCAAACACUCACCAAGCAGAGUGCAGGGCUGCAACCUGUUUUCACUACAAGGAAGCAUGUUCAAUUUACAUGUAUAUUCAAUUUACAAUGAUGCGAGGAAGAGAGCAACAGAAAAUCAUCACAUUUAAGAAGUUACUUCCAACAAAUGUACCAUUAGUAGCUGUAGUAGUAAAGUAGCAGCUAUUGGGCAAAUGACCUUUUUCAUUUCUACAGAAGUUCUUGCUCUCCAGGUGAUUAUUCUUGCUGUUUUUCCCCCAGUGCCAGCAUAAUAUUCUUUUAAUGAAAUGGCUCAAGAACUUUCAGAUUGUCAUGAAAUUAGAUACACACAACUAAUGAUUCUUUUUCUUGAUUAAUCAGUCAGUUGUUCGGUCUGUAAAAUGUAAAACAUGUCGAUCAGUGUUUCUCAAACUUCAGGUGAUGCCAUCAAAUGUCUUUUUUAGUCCACAACCCAAAGAUAUUCAGUUUACCGUCAUACAGGAGUAAAAAAAAUAUUUUAUUCUUCAACAAUUACUCAAACUAAUUAACUAACAGCAAUCAGAAUAGGUGGUGAUUAAUUCAGUCGUUGACCACUAAUCAAUUAAUCUACUGAUUACUCACAAUAACAUUCCUUUUAAAGCCAACAUGAGAAUUCUUUUAGUGAAAUGUCUCAAUAACUAUUGGUUGGAUUCUUGUGAAAUUUAGUACAUACAGUCAUGGUCCCCUCAGGAUGAAUUAUUAUCAUUUAAUUCCUCAACUUUUCACCUUGUGCCAUCAUCAGGUCAAAAUUUGAACAUUUAUGACCAAUUCUUUAUGAAAUUCGGUGCUAAUUAGCAAAUAUUCACAUGUUGACACACUAAGAUGGUGAAUAUGGUCAAUUUACAAAACAUCAGCGUGUUAGCAUUUAGCAAAAGCUGCAAGGUUGGCUCUAAACUGUUAGCUUUGUUUCUUGAAGAAUGAUAACUUAUCAGAAUCAUUUCCUAUUCAUUUUCUGUCAGUUGACUAAUCGGUUUCUUGACUAACUCUUAAAGCAGGUUAUAUUGUUUUGAUUCUAUUCUGUGUAAAAAUGUGCCGCUCCGUUUCGACAAACUAAAGCCGACUCCAGUCAUUGUUCUCUCUCAGCUACAGACUUUAAACAGCCGCCUCCCCUGCCUUCAAACAGUGUUUGAUUUUGAGUGGAUUAUCACUUUAAAGUUUUCUCUCAAGUCCUUAUUUGCUUGAAAUCUUUUGCCUCUAUUGAUUUCCAUUUCCAUUGUGAAAUAACACCAAGUUGCACUUUAAAUCUGGACAUUAGAUUCUUUGUCUACUUGCUGCAUUCGGUGCAAACAGAAGGAUAUUUAUAAUAAUGGCCUCACUUCUUUUGCUCAUCAACUCAUAUCGUCUACAUGCACCAGCUGAGUUCAGCUUGGUUUUCACACGAAGUCUACCUUUUUGUGUCAUUUCCUAAAAAAGACAGUAAUGAAUGACACCUAAAGUAAGAGAUCCACUAUUCUCUGUAUACAGCUGCAUGUUUAUACAGGUUUUUGAAGAGGAAAGUGUAAUUCGUCUCCAGCUGUUCUUGCGUGCUGGAGAUUUACCUCAGCUUUACUCAGGAUACUCUUCACUUGCAUGACGAAGUUAUACAAGAUUGUAAAAAGUUCAGCUGGCCCCUGGUUUUAAAAACGUGUUGUAAAUCAGUAUAUUGCAAUAAAAAGUAUUUUAAAAGAUGACAAAAAAUGGCCAGUUAAUGUAAAUUGUUAUAAUCGCUUGUUUAUUCAUAAAUUAAAAAAAUGUGAAUGAACUAUCACUUAACUCCAGCAAACUCACAAUCAAAACUGUUCUAUUUCUUGAUCGUAUUUAAAAUCAGCAAAAUUUUUCAAUGCAUUUCACCUGCUGAAGAGUCAUCGAAUGGGUCUUUUUCUACAUGCUGUAUGAGCUGCAGAGCAGUUUCCACUGUCUGAAUGUGCACCAUCUCUCUGUUGCAUCUCAUGUUUAAACCAGUGAAGAGUUUGUAUGUUUAUGUUGUGUAGGAGUGUAAAUAGGGGGAAUUUGGCCUUUAUGUCUUAAUCUGUGUGCAGGGCAGAGUCUGGCUGUGGGUCUGGGAUCCUUCUUGACUUCCUCGAGAGUUUUUUUUCAAAUCUGUAAAGCCUCUCUCCUUUAGUUUUAUUUUCCUCACUGGCCUAAUUUGGAUCGGUACAUGUGUAAGCCUAAGUACAGAUACAGAUUACUCUUGAGAAGAAUCCAGACUGAAUGGCACCUACAGUUUUUUUUCCUGUCAUUUUUGACUCGGUUAAAAAUAAAGUGAGAAAGGUGUUAGACUGCAAUGCAAUGUGAACUGUGUGAUGUACUGUAGACCGACUGUGGCUUCAAGCUGUGCUUUAGAAUCAUAUUCAUUAUUCCUGAUAUGCGGUAGAAACACUGACAAUUAAAUGGUAAAAGCUCAUAAGCAUCUCUAAUAAUUAAGGUUCAUUGAAAUUAACGAGGAUAAAUAUUAAGGGAUGUUUGUAUAUUUUGUACGAUUUACAGAUGGCUGGCUAUUUGCUCUAAAUUUUGGUGUAAUUUUUAGAUGCACUCUGGUUUCACCUACAGUCGCAUGUUGAGUAGUUUGAGUUUUGUAUAUUUAUUGUAUUAACACUGAAUAAAAUUCUUCUUCUGUA